AGAUUUAAGGAGUAGGCACUUGUACCAAUUACACGCGCACCUAACUCUUGUCUGUUUGUUCCUGCCUGGCGCUGGUUUCCCUGAUUUGGGGCCAGCUCGUUGGCUGGUUGUGCGUUUCUUAUCACACUGUGAAUCUCCUACAAGCAGAUAUAUUAGCUCGCUUUGCGGCUCGUGACGCUCGUGCUGUAACUCUAAGGUAUCCUUUCGAUUUCGGCUGCGCUGCCACACGGAACCGCCAAGAACUCUAGGCUCAGAGACUGUUAUACAACUCUCAUACCAGCCGCAGCGUGGCGCUCCUCAUCUGUCACGCAGCAGUGCCACUGUGACAUUAGCACGCCAGGGGCACAGCGGCAAUGUUCUAGGUAGAAUCUAAAACUUAAGCGAGCAUACUUAGUGAAUCAAGUCGACAAUGGCUCAGGACGAUGCGGAGCUGGAAGCGGGAGGCAGCAUGGAGCGGGAUGCAGCAGAUGAGCCUGAAGUUGAGGCCUCCGAGGCUAAUGGGGAUGCAGCAGAGGCCUCCGAGGCCUCACCACAGGACCCCAUCGAUGAGCCGGCUGCUGCUGCCGGCGACGACACCGGAUAUGCCCAGGACGGGGCCGAGAACACGGCCACUGUGGCGGUAGGUGAUGGCGACGGUGCGGGUGCCGACCCGCCGCAGCCGACGGCCAGGGGUGAUGAGGACGUGUACCUGGACGACCCCGAGGGUCAGGCUGAGGCCGCGGCGCUGGCAGGCCCUUCGGAGGACGAGGAGGAGGAGGAGGAGCAGCCGCCGGAGGCGAAGCCGGAGGGGGAGAAGGGCGAGGACGAGGAGGGCGGGGGCUUCUCCUACGGCGCCGCUGCAGACGCGGCGAGCGUGGCCGCGGCCGGCGGAGGGGAGGAGGAGGACGAGGACGAGGAGGAGCAGCAGGAGGAGGAGCAGAAUGAGGGGGAGGAGCAGGAGGAGGAGGAGCGGAAUGAGGGGGAGGAGCAGCAGGAGGAGGAGCAGAAUGAGGGGGAGGAGCAGGAGGAGGAGGAGGAGGAGGAGGUAGCGGCGGCGGACGACGAGGAAGGGGGCGGAUAUGGCGGUGGGGCUGCAAGCGGGGAUGACGCGGAGGCGGAGGCGGACUUGGGCAACGCCUCGUCAUCCUCAUUGCCGCCCAUCGCCUCAUCCCGGUCGCAAUCCCACACCGCCGCCGCCGCGCCACCACUCCCCAGUGAACACCUCCCGGCGGCGGCACCGGUACCCGCGCAACAGGCGGCGCAGCAGCCGGCGCCGGCCAAGCCAGCAGCCUCCAAGGAGCCCUACGCUGUGGACGGGGGCGGCGCCGGCGGGGCCGGGGGCAGCAGCAGCAGCGCCGCCGCUCCUCGCAAGGCUGCGGGACCGGCGCGCCAGUUGCCCGCCAGCCGCAGCCCAGCCGCCCAGCAGGCCCCCCAGCCCCGCGCCUCGCAGUCGCCGGCCCGCACCGCCAGGCCUACGGCAGCCGCCGCCGCCGCCUCCUCGCCGCCUGUGCGCCUCCGGCCCAACCCCUCGCCGUCUCGGCAGGCCGGCACCAAAGCCGCCCCCGCCGCCAAGGCGGCCACCACCACUGGCACCACCACCACCACCACCAAGCCGCAGCCGCAGCACGCCAAGCGCCAGGCACACCAGCCGCAGCAGCAGCAGCAGCCCGUGCCGCGGCUGCGUGACGCCCUGGCGGCGGAGGCGCCUGACGCCGAGUCCAUCACACAGCAUUACCUGCGCCUGCUGCAGGCGGGAGCGCUCAGCAAGAGCGGCACCAGCCAGCACCAGCAGCAGCAGCAACGGCCGUCCACAGCGCCGGACGGAGCUGGGGACGCAGGCGGCAGCUCCGCCCCGGCGGCGGCGGCCGGCGCCAUCUCGGCGCCGGGCACGGCAGCGGCUGCCAGCCGCGGCGGCGGCAAGGCGGCGCAGGCGGCUGUGCGGCCUGCCAGCGGCGCCAGCGCGGGCAGCAGCGGCGGCGCCAGCACGGGCGUGCACGCGGCGGAGCUGGCCCGGCUGCAGGCGCGGAGUGCGUGGGCGGACAACGUGGCGCCCAUCCCGCGCAGGACCACUCCCAGCUCCACCACCGCCGCCGACGGCCUCGGCGCCACCAGCCCCCGCGGCGCCGGCGCCCACGGCCCCGCCCACCUGCCGCCGCUGCACCUGGCCGCCCCCGGCCACCACGCCGCCUCCGCGCCCGGCAGCCGCUCCGGCUCCCCGCGCAGCCGCUCCUUCCGCGCCCUGCGCCAGGACGUGCCCUCCAAGGUCUUCUCGCCGCGCCCCUCCACCUCCGCCGCCCCCUACACCAAGCUCUACACGCCCGGACCCGGCGCCUACGACCCAGUCGCCACACGCCACGGCGACGCCUCCUGGCUCGGCGGCGGCACCGCCGCCUCCCUCGGCUCCACUGGCUUCGGCCCCGGCGGCACCGGCACCGGCAGCGGCUUCGGCAGCGGGCGGCUGCUGAGCGGCAGCCCGCCCCGGAGCUGGUCGUUCGGCGGCGCGGCUGCCCGGCCGCCGCACGUGUGCAUCCAGCACGCGGCCGACAGCCCCGGCCCCGUGUACCUGCCCAACAAGGAGGGGCUGUCCACGCUGGGCAGCAGCGGCACCUACAAGUUUGACCGGCAGCUGCCGGGCGUGCGCUUCAGCCUGACCGCCGGUGUGCCGCCCAACGCGCCGCUGUUCAACCCCGGACCCGGCGCCUACGACCCCUCCCUCACGCCCCUCGGCGACCCUGUCUCCCCCUCGCCCACACCCGCACCCGCCGGCGGUGGCGCGCCCGCGCACGCCUUCCCGCGCGCGCGCAAGGGCCUCACCGCCUCCUCCAACCCCGCGGCCCUGCCCAUCAUCUCCAAGGAGCAGGCCGCGCACGAGUACCUUGGCACCCACUCGCCCGGCCCCGCCGCCUACAGCCCCGACGUCAGCCCCACGCGGCCCUCGCCGCCCGCCUACUCCAGCCCGGGCCGCGCGGCGCGGUGCUGGGUGGACCCCGAGGAGCGCUCUCCGGGCCCCGUGUACAAGCCCGCCGACAUGGACCGCAGCGGCCGCCACACACUGGGCGACUGCCCGCAGGCCGUCAUCGGCACCGGGCCCAAGGGCUACGACCCGGUGGGCGCGCUGUCGGCCAGCCCCUGGAUCAGCCUGGACGCCGCACGCCGGGUCAACUACGGCAUCCACUCGCCCGGGCCCGGCACCUACAGCCCGCAGCUCAACCCGCGGCUGGUGGCCGGCAAUGUGCCCGUGCCGGCGCUGGGCGCGGGGCCGCCAGACCGCUUCGCGGGGCGCGGUGAACCCGGCCGCCUGCAGUAGCGGGGCGCGGUGAGCCCGGCCGCCUGCAGUAGCGGGGCGCGUUGGGGGGCGGGGGCCUUUGGCGAGUGAGGCGGGAGAGAGGGGGUAGGUGCGUGGGUAAGGUGCCGGUGGAGGCAUUGAGGCAGAGGCUGAAAUAGUUCUUGCUGUGAUGUGGGACAGGACAGCUGGAACGCGGGCUGACACUGUAGACAGGUGUUUGGGACAGGCAGGUGGCAGCCGGCGGUGCAGGGUAGCGAUAGCGGCGUGGAUGGGGUAGGGCAGGCGGCAGCGGGCGAUGUCUUUCUUUUCCUUCAUGUACACAGCGCAUAGAGAGGGGCGCCAGUGCGGCCGCGUGAUCGCAGGUGUGUUUGCUCAGGCCUGUUCGGGCAGGAGGCCGGAUGUAGGUGUGCAACGGGACAGUGUUAAGUCAGGUUGAUGAAGUCCGGGCGGCCGGGUGUAGGUGCAAGCAGGGAGGUGCCGUCACGGCCUCGCGCACUCGGGAGACGGAACAGGCGGAGGCAGCAAGCGCAGGACCUCCUAGGGCCUUGAAGUUCCGUGAGGGUCUUGGGUGUGCGAACUACCUUGUAUUGUCGACUCGGACGGGACUGCCUGUUUGUUGCGCUGCGAAUUGCGCACCGCUAUUUGUGUGGCUAAAAAUGUGAGGGUGUUAGAGAUCACAAAAGAAGUAUUGUGUGUGUGCGUGUGUGCGUGUGUUAGUGAAUGUGUGUGUGCGUGUGUCAGUGAAUGUGUGUAAGCAAGCCGGGUGUGGUGCGAUGGCAGCAGUGAGGAGGUGUCAGCAGGACUGGCGGGUGGGUUGCCCCUGACGCCCUGGCCCGGCCUGGGUGCAGUGGCAAUGUGGCAUGUGGUUUGUGUGGUAGUGGCUCCGGGCGUAGCGCGAAGGUGCUGGUGUGGCCGUGGGCGUGCACGAGAUGCCUGCCGUAAAGGCAUCAGCGGGCUGUCGACGGGUCUGUCGGUAAGGCG